CAGACCUCAAGUCUUAAUCAGACGUCUAGUGUUGAAUAAAUAUGGAAUGUGUAGAGGACCUGGAGAUGUGGUUUCUUCAGGAGAACCUUACCACACUUGACAAGAUGGAGCAAUUCCAGAAUAUCAUCAGCUGCGAGUUCGGUCAUGACAUGGAGAGUCUCCUAUCAGAAUGGAAUGAAGACAAUAAGAAGAAAUUUAACAUGUUUAAGGCUGAACUGCAAGAAAAGAUCCAGAUGUUGGAAAGAGACAGACAAACGGAGGUUAAGGAGAUCAGUGAGCAGGAGCGCUCACUAAAACUCCAGCUGCAGGACAUUCAAACAUGUCUAAACGACGUAGAAAGGAAGAAAAACAAAAAGCUAGAAAAGGAAGCGAAACUGAUCGCUGCACAGAAGCAGGAGAUAGAAUCAGACAGGACAGUUCUGGAGUUUAAAAGGGAGAGACUGAUAGCAGUAAAAAAUAGCAUACGUGAACGAGAGAAAAGGCUUCCCCAGCAAGAGCAAGAUCUUGAGCUCCAGAGAGAGGCCAUAGCUUUAAGAAACCAGGCCGUCGAAGGAAAAACAAGGCGAAUGGAGAGGGAAUUAAAAAGGAUGGACGAGUAUGAGCAAAAAAUACUCAAUGCCAUUCGGUCUGAGAAGCUGGCUGAAACCUGCACAGAAAUCUUAGAAAUUGAGAAAGAUGCUGCGAUCGAAAGGACAAAAAUGAUGAUAAAGAAACAGGACCUAGAGAGAGAGAUGGACACAGAGCGAGCGCUUUCUAAAUGGGAACAGAGGCUUGCUAGAAAAGAAAUCGAAUGCCAGAAAGAAAAACUGGAUAGGUGUGAGAACCGAAAACGGAUUGAAAUCGCUGAAGAAUGGAAACGAAUUGAGAAAACCAAAAAGAAGAUUGACGAGGAUAAGAAAGAUCUUGAGAAGGAGAAAAAGAGAGCAGAGAAGGAGAUGAAGAGGCUAGAAAAGAUGGAACGCAAAAGACGGAAGGAAGAGCAAGAAGACGCUCGGUUUCUUAUGGAAAUGAAGGAGGACGUAGAACAGAGGUGGAAGUGGCGCAUAAAGAAGGAAGACAGAGCGAUGUCUGAGACGGAGACGGGAAUUGAGGACGUAUCUGAUGAGGAAAAGCAAGACACAGGAAGGAAGCAGAAGAAAAAGGAAAUAAAGAAAGCAAGGAAGGAAGAGCAAGGAGAACAGAGAUGGAAGAGGCGAAUAAAGAAGGAAGACAGAGCGAUGUCUGAGACGGAGAACAUAUCUGAUGAGGAAAAGCAAGACACACGAAGGAAGCGAAAGAAAAAGGAAAUGAAGGAAGCAACACCCGAGAAGGAGACGGAUCAGAAAAAGAAGAGAAGAAAGAAGAAGAUGAAACAGUCAAGAGAGCAGAACAGGGAUGGAGACCAUAAGGAGUCAGAAAUGAACCAGAAGGAGACGGAUACUGAUAACUGGCGAACCAGAUUCGGUGCAUUUCAGGAAUCCUUAUGGUUCACCAUGAUUAGGCUCCGAACAGAACUAGAAUUCCAAAAAGAUGAACUUAAACGUACAGAGCUGUUUAGAACUUUACGUGCGGGACGAAAACGUCUCGUGAGCUGGUUUAGAGACAUCAUUUAGCGCAGUUUUGUGUUAAGUGUGGACCAGCUGCGAUCUCGAAUACAUCGUAACUCAUAACUAAUGCAGUUACGACCUCUGCUGGCUGACUGAUGGCGCCUGCACAGAGACGGGGAAAAGAGUGCUGAUCAGGGCGGGGUGUGUCUCUCCGGACACGGUGCUGAUCCCCAUUGUGCACGUCAAAGCGUCGGUGAUUAGAUGCGUACGGCUGCCGCCUACGUGUCGGAGGGGCCGUGUGUUAGCUUCGUUCUUCUCAAUCAGAGCGGGGAUCGGCAGCAGUUCUACUGGCAGCAGGUUCUCAUGUUUGUUGAAAGCCUGAUAUGAUGUUCCAUGUCAAGUCUGGUUCCUCUCAGUGUUUCACCACUGUCUCUUCUGGGUUGUUCUAAAGUCUUUCCAACUCGAUCUCAGGAAUGUUACCCCAGGACAAUUUCUAGGGACCAGCCUUUUCCACCCUAUGUCAAAGGACAAUUUCCUCCACCUUUUUACAGCGAUCAGCUUAUCUGGUAGAGCAUCUUUGGAAGCUGACGUCAGAGCACAUGGUCAGCAACUGUACAGCGCCCCUCACCUGGAUACCACUAUUUGGAGCUACACAUUUGGAUGCACAUGAGACCACGAAGCAGCAGAUUUGCAGUCCGGCCUAAAUAAUCUUAAUUCAUGAAUAAAUGUAAAUAAA